UAUUGUUUUUCCCAAAAUUGGUUUUAAUUUUCUAUUCCAUUUUUUUUUUCGAAUUGAAAUAGAAAAUAUGUCUCAAAUGAGUAUGGCUUCACUUAUCGAGCCUUACAGAAAGGGCACUCCCUUUAGUGAUUGGAUAGAUCGAUUGGAAUAUUGUUUCGUGGCCAAUAAAGUGGAAGAUAAUCUAAAGAAGGCCCAUUUUAUUACAUUGGGCGGCCCGAUUGUAUAUUCCGAGUUAAAGCUUCAGUACCCUACUGGGAAUUUAAACGAGGUGUCGUAUGACGACAUGAUAAAAAAAUUAAAAACUCGACUUGACAAAAAGCCAUCUGGUUUAGUUCAACGUCUAAGAUUUUCUAAUAGAACUCAGCAUCCUGAUGAAUCCCUGGAGGAUUAUGUUCUCGCGGUCAAGCUCCAAGCGGAGUUUUGUUCCUUCGGGACAUUCAAGGACCAAGCUGUGAGGGAUAGGAUAAUUUCGGGAAUAGCGGAUACCGCAUUACAACAAAAAAAUUUGAAUGAAGACGAGGAUUUAAGUUGUGAGGCUACUGAAAAAAUUAUUAUAACGUGGCAGAUGGCCAAAUCAAAUGCGCAAUCCAUGGGUAUUGGGAGUAAAUCUGAACCGGUUGCAUCAAUAAAUCCUAUUAAUAACCAACCGGGAGUAGCUUUGAAAAAACUUUUGAACGCCCUUGAAAAUGCCCAAGCUAAUAACAGCGAAAAUACGCCGGGUCCCUCGAGAGGCCCAGUCAAGUCUAGACUAGGAUACAAUCCAUACAACCGAACGGAUACGUCUAAUCCCAUAUUCAAACCGGCUGUUUGGCCACGUGGGUCCGAACGACAGAAGGCAGAUUAUUCUAGAUUAACAUGCGAUUUUUGCGGAAUUAAGGGGCAUAUAAAAAAGAAGUGUUUCAGACUAAAGAACCUUAAGAGGGAUACAGUAAAAUUUGUUGAUAAUUACGGGAAACCUGGAGGCAGCAAGGACAAGUCACUGAACGAACUUUUCACCAGAAUGUCAACAGAGGCUGACAGCGACGAUGAACCAGAUGCAGGAGAAACGCAAUAUUUCAAUUGGAAGCGUGCCGGUAAUGGCACACCGUUCCCAGGUGAGAAUUAAGGACCACAGUCCUGGAAGAAGGAACCCACUGGUUUCUUGGUUGCCGAAGGGUGAGGAGAAUGAUAUUGAGGACACGAUGAGUGAGGAGGAAGCGUUCAGGGGUUUUCCUGAGCAGGAUUUGCCCGGGAGAGGCGUGAAAAGAAAAUUUGACUUAGUUCCGUCGAAAUUGUCGGAAUCUGAACCGAGGAGGUCAAAACGUUUGCGAAAGGCAAAAGUGGAUAAGAGUUUUAUCUAUAAGCUUUAAGAUGAAUUGCCAAAAUUAAGAACAAACUGUUCGUUUUGUUACUAGAUAGUAAGCUCUGAAAUUUGUAAGGUUUGAAACAGGAAAACCUGAUUUCGAAUACCUUUUGCAUUGUAUAAAGAUUAAUUGAUAAAUGUACAAAAAUUGUUAUUAUAAUUUUAAGUUGAAAUUUUUAAAAGGAAAAGUGCUGAUGUGUACGCCCUUAGCGUAACAUCUUUCCAAUAUCGUAACG